UCUUUUCCCUUCUAGUUUUUUUUCUCGUCUCACUGAUUUUCUUCACCCCCAGCCCCCGACGCCCGUGCAGAUUCGCAAAUAAUUUUAAGAGUAUGUCUACUUGGCAAGGGUGGAAAUCUCUCCCCAAAGGUAGGGGGACCAGGGGCUGGAAAUUUGACAAGCAUAAAACAAACAAACAAAAACAAAAAAGAAGGUUUAUCACCCCAAAAAGAAGGUAAUCUUGACCAAAAGAAAUUUGAUAAGCAAACAAGCAAAAAAAGGGCACCCCAUAAGUAAGAUCGUCUCUUCCAAAAUACAUAUUUUAUUUCGAUUUUGAAUGAAAAGACCAAAAAUAGUAGGGGGAUGACAUUUCAUAAUGUGCCCCCCUUACUAUUUUAGGUGAGGGGGACAUGUCCCCCUGGAAUUUGCGCCCAUGUGGGUGGGGGGUGUUGCGCCUCCCUUUCGGAAUCAUUAUGGAAGAGUGUAAAUACUCGCUGUGAUUUCGAUCUAAUACCUAUAAAAAAAAAAUUGAACAGCUACGCCUUGAACACAGGCCAAAAUGCCUAACGAUUUCUCCGCGGCAUUAACAACUAUCGUAACGGGCGCUCUAUUUAUAAAUAAAGAUGAACAUGUAGCUGUCUAUGGCGACAGGAUUUGCCGCGAAUAUUUCCCAAGAAUUGUGAGAAUUGGGCUGAAAAUGCAACAAAAGAACUGGUGAGUACCUAUCAAACAGUAUCAAGCUAUUUAUUAAAGUGUGUUUUAGUAGUAUAGUUUAACAAUAUCUAGAUUAUAAACUUUAGUUCUAAGCUAGGGCGGCCCAAAUGCGCGUGAGUGGAGUCCCAGUUUAUUAACACGGGUAAGUAUUGCGGUGUCGCCUAGAGUGCGUUAGAAGGGGUCCUAAAGCUACGCACUUGAUUUAUCAUGCAAAAAAAUAGUAUUUCCUGUGCCUCAAUAACUAAAAUAUAUUCAUAUUAUCAUAGGAUAAAAUGAAAUUAAAGCGAAUAUAACUCUAAAAUUCCAAACAGUUGUUGGUUUUCUCUGCAUUUAGAGAUUUACUGCAGUCUCUGUAGAAAAAAUUGAAUAGGAAUCGCUUGUCAUUCUGCAGUCAAAGUUCCACACACAAAGUGCGCAUUUGCCAUAAAAACUGCAUGCGCGAUGAGUGGUGCGUAGCUUUAGGACCCGUGCAGCUUUAGGACCCCCUACCAUACUGUAGGCCUAGACCAAAAGCUUCAGUCUCUGCUCACUCAUGGGUUAAAUGUAGUCUUGAGGACGCAAUGAUGAUGACUUUUUAAAUCCUGUCAUAUACUUCUCCAUCAUUGACGUCUUGAACAGGCCUUAAUAGACACGUAAGAGAACCAGGUAAAUAAAGAAUAAAAGAUGGAUUUCCCUUGGAAAUCCAUCUUUUGAUGAAAUAGUCACGUAAAAUGUUUUUAUUUUAUUAAUUUCUACACCUAAUGCGUAGGAAGGUUUUAAAAAAAAGACUUGGGUAAAAAUGAUACAAAAUGAAGGUUUCUUACCAGAUUGAUGUCGCGUAGACCCCUCGAUCCACAUGUAAACAACGCAAAUACAAUGGCGUCGACCCUUGAACCGCUUAUGUAUUAAUACGCAUUUCCGAUAAGCGAUGCCGUUCUGAAGAACAAUUUAUAGAUAAAAAAAUUAUUUCACGAAUAUUAAAAUUCAUUAUGUGAUUAUAAAUAAUUAGCGAUUUUUUCAAAGAAUCUAAAGCCUGAUUGGCAAAACCUACCUCUCACCUCUGAGAUUUGUGCUUGCGUGUGAGCCAGGCUUAACAAGUUCAAUAAUGAAUUAUAUCUUUUUUUUGUCUACGGCAGGAAACAUCUUGAAGCAGACAGUUUCUGGGACGAUGACAGACGUCUGAUGAGGGUUGAUCAUGAUCACAUAGCCAUCCCUGUUAAUACGCGGUGUACAGAGACGUUGCUGAAGAGAGAUAGAUUGGAAGGAAGGGUAUCAUUUCUUAAUGCAUCAGAUAGUAACAGUGAAGCUAAUGAAACAUUUAAGACAGGAGCACACCAGUCUCUUCUGAAGAGAGAUGGAUUGGAAGGAAAGGUGUCACUUCUUAAUACAUCAGAUAGUAACAGUGAAGCUAAUGAAACAUUGAAGACAGGAGGACGCCAGUCUCUCUUGAAGCCAUCCUCAUCUAUGGAGAGUGGUGUAAAAUCAGGUCUUCGAACACAAGGUAGUUCAUCAUUCUGCAGUAGUUCCCAAGAGAAAGAACAGUCUACCACUCUGUCAUGUGUAACACCUGUUGGACAUACACAUAUGUCAGAGACUGGUAGCAGAACCCUUCUUCAUUCAACCUCUGAGUAUACAAGUGAGCCAUCAUGUCAGAAGGAUGGUUUUCACCACUCUCCCACCAACCCAUCAGGACAUUCACCUGCGUUAUGGAGUGGGAAAAUAUCCAACAUGGAAGCAAAGCUGGUCUGCAUGUAUCUAUCACCCUCAAAGAAAACUAAAAUCACCACUCCUUACGGUAGACUGAAAGCGAUGAUAGAAGGAUGGACCAAAGAAGGAAGGUUAGAUUGGAAAGAGGAGUUGAGAGAUGAGAUUCCUAGGAAUUGGGAGAGACAUGGAGAUUUAGUUUUACUACCAUCGUCAUCCUUCAGAGAUCCAGCAUGGGAUAAUGUGCGAGACUUCUGGUCGUUGGUAGCCAAGGCUUUAAACUGUACAAGGAUUGCCAAGAGAGGCCGAAUUCAAUCUGAUGACUUUAGAUCUCCGCACACAGAGAUGGUUUUAGGAUCAGACCCAUUGGUUGAACACAGAGAUAAUGGAAUCAUCUAUUCCUUUGACAUACGUUAUAGCAUGUUUUCUUCUGGUAACAUCACUGAAAAGCUCAGAGUGGCUAAUCUUGAUUGCUCCAAUGAGACAGUUGUUGAUUUAUAUGCAGGUAUAGGCUACUUCACACUGCCAUACUUGGUGCAUGCCAAAGCGAAACUACUCUAUGCAUGUGAAUGGAAUCCUCAUGCUGUAAAUGCAUUGCAAAGAAACCUGGAGCUGAACAGUGUGAACGAGAGAUGUGUAGUGCUAGAGGGAGAUAAUAGGAAGGUAUGUCCAGUAGGUGUUGCUAACAGAGUAAACCUAGGGCUUAUACCAUCCUCAGAGCAGGGGUGGCCAGUGGCCUGUGCUGCAUUGAACCCUAUUACUGGAGGUAUACUGCACAUCCAUGGUAAUGUGGAUUCCUACCCCCACCAGGAAUGGAAUAAUCCAAGCAGUAAGAAGGAUGAUAGCUAUCCGUCAGUGGGUUGCUUUUUGGAUGAUUCAGAAGUCACAUCUAAUCAUUGUCAGCCUGUAGCACAAAGGAGGAUUCAAGACACUGUGCUUCCUGAGAACAAGACAUGCCAAGACUGGGAGAUUGGUAACACUUCUCAGAGUGAAAUAUUCGAGAAUGGUAACACUUCUUGGAGUGUAUCAGGAAGUAAGGUAUCAGAGAGUGGUAACACAUCUCAUAGUGUAUCUGGUAGUAAGGUAUCAGAGAGUGGUAACACUUCUCAGAAUGAAUCGGGUAGUAUAAAUGUAGAGACCGGUAACAUUUCUCAAAGCAAAACUAAUGGAUUACAUCCCACAUGUUUAUUCAACAAGAAAGUAUCAUCUAGUUGUUCCCAUUACAAGCAAGCUAAAUGGAUUGAAUGGGGUAGUGAUGUAGCUAGGCAGAUUAGAGGUCUUCUCCAUGAUCUACAUGGUAGUCAUUGGAAUGUGGAGAUGGUGCACAUUGAGCAUGUCAAGUCUUAUGCACCUCAUAUUGAUCACUUGGUUUUGGAUAUUGAAUGUCGGCCGGUCUUAUGACAUUUACACUAGUAGCCUAUAUUAUUUUGAAGUUAAAAGAAUCAAAUCAGAGAACAUUAUAUUUUUUUAUUUACCUCUUUAAUAAAAACCUUGCGAAGUUUGGUUGGUUGGUUACUUUCACCUUCAACAAACUGUUUAGGCCUUUGCCCCGGAUUGCCAAGAGAGGGCUCAUUUGUAUUCAUGUCAACAUUGAUGCUUACUAUGUUUAUUGCAUUUCUGGAAAUGAAGCAAGAUGAAGUAAAAGGGAACUCAUCAAAGUAAAGCACUUGAAAGAAUGUCAUUGAAAAAAUAGGAUAGAGAUAGAGAUAGAGAAAAUGUCUAUAACCAAUCUUUGUACAGAUUAAGAUAAAUAAAAUAAAUUCCACCUGCUACUGAAUCAGGUAUUGAAUAAGAUUGGUGGUCUGGGUAAACUUGAGGAAAAUUGUUUAUUGCUCUCCUUAACUUCUAGAAUUCACCCGUUUUUUUUUUUCUUUUUCUUUCCUUUGCUGAAUGAUUUUCUUUGAAAAGUCAUCACUGACAUAGAUCUAGCUUUGUUUGAAUGGUUCAGACACGCUUUUCGUACCCGUUCCUUGGUAGGGUACGAAAAGAAGGCUACGUAAAUCAUGCUUGUAGGUGACUUCGUCUGAUUCUGACUGGCACUAAGAGGAGAGCUAUGGGUUGGAUGAUUAUUAUUAUUAUUUCAGUCUUAUUUAAAAAAAACAGGGUAAUCCUUUCAGAGCCAAGAGGCCUGCUUUUCAAAAGAGCCUUGUUACAUGAAUAUUUCAUAUAAAUGAGAACUUGUGAUGUCUGUCAAUCUUGAAAUCCUGCUUGUCUAGGCCAACUUUCCCUGUCUUCCACUACUUUAUGACAAGUCUCCCUCUCACUAGCGUAGCUACGGGGGGGGGGGGGGGACCUGUUUUGCCCCCCCCCUGACGAACUUGAAGACCUUGGAUUUUGGAUUAGUGUUAUGUCAGUUUGUCCAAUUAUAUUGUGGCAUUACUUUCCACAACUAUGGCAAGGAUCAUCCCUUACAAUGGUGUUGUGGAGCUUGAUUUGUUCCUGUCGGUCCUGUAAUAUAAAAAAUGGGGAAAUAAGAAUUCUGAAAGCGAAAUAGCGCAUACAAAAUACUUGCUCAACUAACAUAAAGAAAUGCAAACCCUAUUCGCAGCACCAGUAUAGCAAAUGUCGCAGAACACCAGUCUUAUUGAUGACUUGCUUGGAAUACAAGUUCGUUUCUCUAGCUACCAAAGAAAACAACUCAUCUGUAAAGAAUUUCAUGAACAAGUCUACCUGCUUGGUGUUUUCAUUUACGUUAAAAAGCUUUGUCAAACCACCAUUGGUAUUGUACAUGUCAUCCAGCCAUUCAGUUUUCCACUCGUCUCCUUCACCAAGUUGUAUCCAUUCCCGAGGCGCCUCAUCGACCGAAGCCAUGGACACAUCAUCCUCCUUGACUUCGCUGUCCUAGUCGGCUCCUGGUACAUGAUGUGCAGUAUAGCUGACUCUCCAAGUGAAGAUGAGAUCCCUUGGAUGGCCUGACUAUGUAGCAUAUAUGAGUCAUGCAUUACUGCAUCAUGUAAUUACACACACAUUCUUCUUCCAAGAUUUUGGAGUAGAUUCUGGAAAAAGUGUUUUUUUACGUUGGUUUGUCAAAUGACAAGCCCAUCAAUACAAUAGUGUUGUUUUCUCUACAAUUGUAGCAAGAAUAGUCCCUUCUUAUGGUGUUGGAGUCAGCUUGUGAUGGGAGCACUAAUGACACAACUGAAGCUGUAGCUUGUAUUCUACCAAAUGUUUUGAACAUUGCUGAUAAUAAGUCGGCUCUUCUGGACUGAUACAUUGACAGCCUGGUUAUUGAAUCAUAAUUCAUUCAUUUUCCACAGGAUCAAUUCCGUCCUAGUCAUCAUUCCAACCGUUUCUCCUGUUUGACAUCACGCAUUGAGUCACUCAAGUUAAAUACUUGGACAGGAAUGAUAAUCCUCUUCUGGCUGCUAGAAGAUCCUAUGAUGUGAUUCUUCCUUCUGGUUCUACACCUUCUACAAUUGCCAUUCCUACUACGGACAAUUUUGUUGCUAUCAGGAAUGGACCUUUCCCGAGUAGCUGGAGUUUCAGAGAGAUGCCUUUAUUUUUGGAUGGAGAGCUUCAUGUCCAGCAGACACUAUUGUAGUAGUGUCUGUAGUAGUACUUCAACUCGACCAACAAACGGUUCUUCAAGCUGUGAAGUGCAUGUAUUCUCACUUCAACAUGUGAAGAAUGCCACAUGUUGGGAGGAGAGAAUUCAUUCCAAUUAUACCUUGACAUUUAAUGUCUGCAAUAAAUGGCCUUCAGAGAUUGAGUAGUUGUACCAAUACCAAAAUCCUAGCUUCAAGCAGAAUAACUGUAUGUUUUUACACACAGCUGUUCAUACGAGUCCAUCCACUCUUCUGCACUCUGAUCAAUGCGUCCCUCAAAAAAUGGGGGUCGGAUACUAGGCUUGUUAUUAGCCAUAAUUGUUCAGUUUACAAGAAAUCACAGCCAAUAUUUAACAAUGAAUUGUUCAACGACUCUGUCAGCGAAGUCUCUGUCAUCGCGAAAUUGUCAAGUCUGUGCAUGUAAAUUCAAUCUGGACACAAAACUAUCAGCAGUUUCACUCUCUUGCUGGCAAAAUCUCUGUAAGUAGAGACGAGCGACUCUGAAAUUGGACUUUGGUUUAAGCUGCUUUUCAAACCGAUUCCACACAACUGCGACAUUCUUUCUGUCUCUUUCUGCUAAGUCCCAUGAAUUAUACAUGCGGAGGCCAGGGGUGCCCAUGAAAAGCAGAAUGUGAUCCACCUGUUUCUCCUCUCUGACAUUUUUCAUGGAGAAGUACAAUUCACACUGCUUUUUGAAUAUUUGUAUGGUUCCUGGGAGAUCUUCAUCAUCCCAGAAUAAUUUUGGCACGAUGGAGUCAUUCAUAUUGACGUUUUAGUUCACCAGUCACACACAGCUGCACAAAUUCACUAAGCUGCAAGCACAGAGAAUGAGGCUGUAAGUACAGUGAAAACUCACCGCGAUCCGUAUAUGUGGGACUACAGGCUUGCAGCGAUUGCUCAGGCAGACAUCGCAAAGUUCCUUCCCUAUCAUUUCAGAUCUCCGUAAGGCAUCAUCUCAGUCUAAUGUCACCACUAGCGGGAUUAUCCCACCCAUGCGGUUCAUCUGCACACAACCGUUGCAGCGCAGUCUUCACAAUACCAUGAUACCUCUCCACUAACCUGUUGCAAAUGGAAUGAUACCUAGAACUAGUGGCCUGUCUAAUUGACAACAGUCUUGACACCUCUGUCAUCAGACUUUAAAACAAACUGCAGACGUAAAUUUGACAUGACCUCAUUUGGUAUUCCUACCCUACUAUAUAUGCUAAGAGGUAAAUUUCUACUUGCUCCUUUGUCAACUAGAGGACCCAGUCGAUGACAUCGUACAAUGUCGGUUGAAGUCACGUUGACCCCCAUCCUCCUGCCAAUGUCAAUGACAGCCUCCUCUGGAUCUUCAUCUCUCAAUUUAAGCACUCCUUGGAUUUUGAUGUUGUGCAAUCUGGAUUUUUGCUCCAGGUCAUCAUUUUUUUGCUCCAAGACUACCAUCUUUUCAACAGAUUUCUUUUCCGCCUCCUUAUGUAGUUGUUUCUCUGACUCCUGGCCCUUUAUUCUGCCCUCAAGCUCCAUUAUCCGGCCAUCCUGCAUCUCUAGCUGGGUGACGAUUGCAGACAUCGCCUCCGUAACUGCAUUUUGUACAAACCUUUUUAAUUGACUACUUUUUUCUUGCUUGUCAAUGACAAGCUGGGGGAUUUCGUCGGAUUCCCUUUUUGUUGGCAUAUUAAAAUAUGGGUUUAUAAUGAGGAAAAAAAAUGGGAAUAGUCCAAAACAAAUUAAUGC